AAUUACAUUCUCGUGCAUUCCUGUGGAAAUUCGUGAACUCUAUACUUAGAUUAGGAAGGAAAUAACCUUAAUCUCAAAUUACUUGUAUACAAGUGCUCUCUUGUUUCAAAAGGUCUACAUCAUAGAGUGUAUUAUCUCAUGUAAACAAGUUGAGUUUGCCGAUAACAACAUAAUACAUUGUAGUAUUGAAGAAUAUAAAGUUUUAAUCUUCGAUAACCGCGCAUCAUAACAUGUCAAGGGUAUUCUUUUUAAGCGCGACGGCCUUGCUUUUUACUCUGUGUUUUCGAUCAUCGUUCGAAAACCUUUGUUCAAAUCGGUUCAGCGACCCACAAUGUCGACGUCGCAAUCAAAUAUGUUGCAAUGGCGCGUGUAACUCAACGUGUGUUGGAAAACGUUGUCGUUGGGAUUUCCAAUGCGGUUCCCGUUCUCAAGGCCACAAAUGUUGCGCGGGACACUGUCGAACGAAUUGUGAAGGUAGGUAGGCAGGUAAAGCUUUAUUUGAACACGUUGUGAAUAAUUCGAAUCACAAAACUAAAUAUAAAACAUUAUACAAUAUACCACACAAUAUUCAUAUACAGCAUGAGCGACCAUGUUGUACGAGAUAUAGAGAAAAGUCGAAGACGAGUGGUUGUAUAACUUAUAAGAGGGUCUAGAUGGGGUUGUCUGAAAAUCAGUAAACGGUAAAAAUGUUGGUAUUUUAAUGGUAACAAUAAGUAACAUUUUGGUAUUUUAACGGUAAAUCUUUGAAAAAUGUUCUGAAACGAUAAACAGUAAUUUUUUCCCUCACGAUUCACGCUAAAUUUUUAGUGUUUUCACGACUGCCGGUAACCGAAAUUGAGUGAAUCACAACUCACGAUAUACCCCAUCAACACCCUCUUAUAAAGCACGUACGUGAAUGCUGUAUAUCAUGCCUUGUAAUUCUUGACUUAUUCGUCUGGAUAAAAAGUAAAUACCUUCGUAUUCUUCAAAUAAUUUUAAAGAAACGAAUGAUAUUUCAUAUUUGGUGAGAAAAGAAACUUGAAAUCUAUCUAAAUCAGCAGAAUUUUGUAUCGGAUACGCAAUCUCCUUCACGGUCAUGAUUUCCUUUACGUUUUCUCGUAGUUUAUAUAUUAUUAAUGAGAAUUAUAAAAGUAUGAGAGAAAAAAUCAGGUACAGUAUAAUAGUUGCAAAUUAAUAUAAUAUUCCAUAGUGCAGGCUAAGAUCGAUGCCUCUGAAACGUGUACUUUUUUCAAGGUCUUGUUUGCCAUACGAACAGUGACUGUAAGGACAGAUCAUUAAAAUGCUGUAACAAUAUAUGUCGAAAGGAUUCGUGUCUUGGUUCAUCUUGUAACAGCUUGCAUCCUUCGUAUCGCACAUGCGGUUGGCAUCGUGGGAAACGACUAGACUGCUGUAGUGGACGAUGCGAGCUUUCAUGUCAGGACAAACCGUGUUUUGAUAACAGAGAUUGCGGGGGAUGGGGUCGUAGUAGAAUGAAAUGUUGUAAUGGCGUAUGUAAGAAAAGUUGUCGUGGUUCGUCUUGCCUCGAACACCGUGACUGCCAAUCCAGCAAACUUGACUGCUGCGGUUUCUUCGAGAACAGAACGUGCGCGCGCUCUUGUCUCAACCAUGGAUGCUCCUUGGCAGAGGUGAAGGAAUGUGGUCGCCAAAGAUAUCCCAGACUCUUCUGCUGUGGGGACGGAACAUGUCGCAGGACUUGUGAAGGUUCUAUAUGCUACACGGAGACGUUUAGGUAUUUAUUAUCUUGUUCGCCAAUGCUUACAUUGUAUCGAUUGAAAUAUACAUGAGCCCCAAGCCCCCAAAGUUAGUGAAUUGUACAAUUAGCCUUUCUCACGAUGACGAAUAUCCGCCAUUUUUGGGUGGCAUCUAAGGCCAGGGUCAAACGUCGAACUUUUCAUGCGCCGAACCUAAUGCAAAUGAAGUGAAACAAAGAACUUAGCUCAUUAACAUUAGGUUCGGCGCAUGAAAAGUUCGACGUUUGCCCCUGGCCUAAUUCUCGUUAACCAAUGCAGACAAUUAAAACAAUGGGAAAAGCAAUUAUUCAAAAUAAACUAACCAUUUACAAAGCAAAUUUACCAUCAUUCGUCCAAAAAAAUUAUAAAAAGUCGCUGUUAUGUGGACUUAUUUUGCAGACUUCGGCUGAAAAGUCACCAAAAUUGGCGGCGUGAGAAAGGCUAAUUGCAUCUCAAAGGGCUAGGGGAUUACUAGAAAUCUAGAGUGAGAAAAGUUUCUAUUCAAAUAGGAUUUCACGUCUUUGUGACAAAUGGACUGUAGCUAGUCUAGUACCUGAGGCACUCAGGGUGUCUGUUUUUAAUUUGGCCGCCGUUGUAUCAUGUUUGGCACAUACAUUUUGAAGGUCUUGGUUCUUUAAUUAGAGACGAGCCCAUGGUGGGAGCCGUUUUUGUCCGGAAAGACAACAACCAACUUAAUAUGCUCUAAAUAUAUUAUUAAGGCUUUUUUUACAUAAUACCAUAUCCUAACAAAUUAUCCUUGUUAAAAUAUUUCUCCGCCUUGAGAUAUCAAAGGCAAUACUUUAUAAUCAGUCCCAACGAUUAUUUCAGAAGUUUGUUUCUUUGUAUUUAAAGGUAUGACUGUGGAUCCCCAGAAAAGUUGUUGUAUUGUUGUGGAAUGGGUCAGAAGGAAUGUCAUCGAAGCUGUGGUCAUGUACGUUGCGAGAAAAACGAAGAUUGUGGAACAUCCCAGUAUUACUGCGGAAGACCUAAUAGACACAAUAUUUCCAUGUGUAAAUUUACUCAUGUCUCCGAUAUACUUGUCUUCCACGAUGUGCGUUUGGACAGCUUAGAUUUCAACUAAAAAGAAGAGCAGCUGAACUCAAAGUUUAACUAUAUACAGGGUGUAUAAAAAAAAACUGAACCUUUCAAAUUCAAAUUAGCUAUAACGUAUUGUAGUUGAAUUUGACAGCUCUAAUUGCUUUGAAUUAAUGGUUGGGUAAGAACCGCCUGGGUAAGAACACAAGGUCUUGUACUCAUGGGACAAAACCCUUAAAAACUUUUAAAUUUUCUAAUUUUUAUUUCUUUGAGUUUCGUCCCAUGAGUACAAGACCUUGUGUUCUUACCCAACCAUUAAUUCAAAGCAAUUAGAGCUGUCAAAUUACUACAAUACGUUAUAGCUAAUAAGUUCUUUGUAUGUUUGCAUGGCGAUAAAAUAUAAUUGUUUUUGUUUGUGGAAACUCCACGUAAAUUUAUUACUGCAAAGCUUUCGAUCCGUAAGCCCGGAUCUUCAUCAGUGCUAAUAAUAUGUCAUAUUACGUCAAAGCUUUGCAGUAAUAAAUUUACGUGGUGUUUCCACAAACAAAAACAAUUACGUUAUAGCUAAUUUGAAUUUGAAAGGGUUCAGUUUUUUUUAUACACACUGUAUAUCUAUAUAUCUAUUGACAAUUGACUAUAUAUAUAUAUCUAUCAUUCUACUGUAUGUCGGUCAAAGUAUAUCAUCAAUUCAGGCAAAUUAGUGUGACAUUCGUCAUAUGUAUAUUACAAGAUGCCUUAGAUGUCUGUACGAAUUAAACGUCUUGUGUUAAGUGUCUUAAGCUUAAGCUUAAGUGUGAGUAAUAGGAAUACGACAUAAACAGUUGGAAACUAUAUUAUUCAUAGAUAUAUAGCUAUGAUAUUAUUACACUAUAACUGUCAAAAUUAGAAAGAAUAAAACAUU